CUCCUUAAGAAAGCCACCGCGACGCAGAUGGUCUCGACCGCGUCGCCGUCGCAGCACCUGCGGCUGGCGCUGCAGCACGGCGCGGACGUGAGCAUGAGCGUGCGCGAGCUGGACGCGCUGCUGGCGCUGCUGGCGGAGAAACGGCGCAAGGCGGAGCAGGAGGAGGCGGAGAUGAACAUGGAUAUCCUCCUCGAUUUUUUACAGCGGUCGCGGCAGAAGAAGCAAGCGGAACUGGACGAGCUCCGCGCGGACCUUCUCUUCAUCCGUGAGGACAUAGCGGCGGUGGAGCAGCGGCGGCGCGCGCUGCAGCAGAUGCGCGAGCAGUCCGCCGCCGCCAUCCACGCGCUGCUCUUCCGCGGAGGCGCGUCUUCCGCGGGCGCGGGGGGAGACGAAACGGGGUUCGGCUCCGGGGGACUGGCGGGGCUGAAGGCGGGCGCGGGGGGAGGGCUAGCGGGGAGCAAGCGGAGAGGGGGGCCCGCACUCGCGCACCACCUGCAGCAGACCGCGCAGAAGAUGCGCAUUCAGGGGGAUGGGCGGGGGAUAGGCGGAGGAGGUGUGGGGACGGUGAAGGAGGAGGCGGAAGGGGAGGGGGGAGGGGAAGGGGGAGGGCUGGUCGCGUGUGGGCCGUCGGAUAUUGCCAUGUCCGCAUCAACGGUUGCCAAGAAACGACGCGUUUUUUCCCAUGUAGUUCGACGACCUACAGGAGUGCUACCUUUCGACGACCUGCAGGAGUGCUACCUGCACCACCGCCGCCAGGCAGCGCACUCCGCCAAGCCCGCGGGAGCAGCAGGAGGAGCAUCCGCAGCAUCACAAGCAGCAGCAGCAGCAGCAGAGGCGGGAAGGCGUGGAGACCGGUCAGCAGCAGGAGCAGGAGAGGGCGGGGCGGUAGGGCAGGUGGACCUGGGCACGGGCCUGGAGGACUUCCGGCAGGUGUUAGCAGCGUUCACGCGGUUCAGCCGUGUCAAGGUGGUGGCGGAGUUGCGGCAGGGGGAUUUGUUCCAUUCCUCCAACAUUGUCUCGAGUAUUGAGUUCGACCGCGACGACGAGUUCUUUGCCACGGCGGGCGUGUCGAGGCGAAUCAAGGUCUUCAACUUCUCGCAGGUGGUGGGAGAGCUCGCAGACGUGCACUGUCCAGUCGUGGAGAUGCCUACUCGCUCAAAACUGAGCUGCCUGUCGUGGAACCCCUACCUCAAGGCGCACAUUGCCAGCAGUGACUACGAGGGCAUUGUGACGGUGUGGGACGUGGGCACGGGGCAGAGUCUACUGGAGUAUGAGGAGCACGAGAAGCGGGCUUGGUCGGUGGACUUUGCGCGCACGGAACCUACCAGACUGGUAUCUGGGAGCGACGAUGGGAAGGUGAAGAUCUGGUGCACGCGGCAGGAGAGCAGCAUCCUCAACAUCGACAUGAAGGCCAACAUCUGCUGUGUCAAGUUCAACCCCGGCUCCGCCAACUUCAUUGCGGUCGGAUCAGCGGACCAUCACAUUCACUAUUACGACAUCAGAGCGCCAGCGCUGCCACUCCACGUGUUCAGCGGGCAUCGCAAGGCCGUGAGCUACGUCAAGUUCCUCUCGCCCUCGCAGCUCGCCUCUGCCUCCACCGACAGCACGCUCCGGCUGUGGGACGUGCACUCCCACGCUGCCAUCCGCACGCUGAGGGGCCACACCAAUGAGAAGAACUUUGUGGGCUUGUCUGUCAACAGUGACUACAUCGCAUGCGGCUCCGAAACGAAUGAAGUGUACAUCUACUAUAAGGCCAUGUCUAAGCCCAUGGCAGUACACCGAUUCACCAACUCUGACCCUUUUAACGGGGAAGACAGUGACGAGGAUACAGCUCACUUCAUCUCUGCAGUGUGCUGGAAGGGCGGAGGGGGGGAGGCAGGUGGAGCAGGGGCAGGUGGGGAAGGGGGUAGUGGGCAGCAGCAGGAGGCAACAAUGCUAGCAGCAAACAGCCAAGGGACUAUCAAGGUGCUCUCUCUGGCGCCAUAA